AUAAAACUGGUCACGCAUGGUCAAAAGCACGAUGGUUAUUUCCCUACUGAGAGGGCGGAAGAGGUGUGCUUACCAUGUAACCUUUUUGGCGACACAAUGUGAAAAUGGCGUUAUGAAAGGAAACUAGCAGAAGCAGAUAAAGUAUUCAGAGGAUCAGCAUGGGGAACACGAACAGCGAGCGGAGCGGCGCGGGCGAUAAAGCGAACAGACGCGAGAGCCGCGGCGCUAAAGAUUCAACGCGACCCAAACUUCUGCUGGACAGCACGGAUGACGGAGACCUCUUUCAAACAGACGAUGUCAAGGAGUUUCUAGCGUGGCAACAUGAUCAGGAGUCAGACUCCAAAGACCCGUCAGAGGAAAGACCCACCGUCUUCCGCUGGAACGGCCCUGGGAAAGAGAUCUACUUGUCUGGCUCCUUUAAUAACUGGGCAAGCAAAAUCCCAUUGACUAAGAGUCAUAACAAUUUUGUUGCAAUAAUUGAUCUGCCAGAGGGUGAGCACCAGUAUAAGUUUUACGUGGACGGACACUGGAUAGUAGAUUCCAAGAGGUGUGAGACACCUGUUGUGACCAAUAAGUCAGGUGUGGUGAAUAAUGUAAUUAAAGUAAGAAAAACAGACUUUGAGGUAUUCGAUGCCCUGAAGACAGACUCUGAGAAAUGUGCUGACAUUUCAGACUUAUCUAGUUCACCUCCGGGCCCGUACCACCAGGAUCCCUACACCAAAUCAGAAGACAGACUGCGCUCUCCGCCCAUCCUCCCACCACACCUGCUGCAGGUGCUCCUCAACAAAGACACUGGAGUCUCUUGUGACCCCACCCUGCUACCUGAACCAAACCAUGUGAUGCUCAACCACCUCUAUGCACUUUCCAUUAAGGAUGGCGUGAUGGUUCUCAGCGCAACACACCGGUACAAAAAGAAAUAUGUGACCACACUACUUUACAAGCCUAUAUGAACACAAUCCACAUGCCUUUAACACUCUUACAGUAUAUUCUCAACUUUUCCUGUCAGAGAAUGGGACCAAGCACAAAAAACACAAUCAUAUGUCCGAGUGAGUUUAUGUUUGUGUAUUUUCGAGUGUUAGACCGAUUGCUGGUGGAAUUGUUAGUGUGGAAUAUGGUGUAAAAGACAUUUUGCUGUUUUAUUAAUAAAACUAUUGUGGCAACAACUUUGCUUACACAAUUAUUAUUAAGACAUUUACCAAAUGUACAAAUAUUAUUUUUGACUUCUUACCAGCAUCAGGAGUAAAUAAGUGUUAAAAUUGUGUACUGUGUAGAGUUUUAUGUGACUUUGUUUAAUAAGAAAUGUCCUGUCAAGUUGCUCUGGCAUUAAAUUGACUUGCAAAAUAUUAUGAGAGGAAUAAAAAUACAUUAAUGAAUGGA